GGCGGCGCAAGCUCAUUCAUCAAUCGUCGCCAUGGACAAGUACGUAGUGCUUCGCGACGGCAGCCUCGCGACCUGCAGCGAGAAGAAGUCGGGUCUGCGCGUCGCCAUGCGGCGGCUACCUGCCCACAAGGCGCACAAGGCCACGCCCCGCAGCGUCCUGCCCACCGAGAACGCCGAGAUGGAGCGCCGCGUGAGCCGCGCGCUGAGCGCCAAGGGCGGCCACAUGCACGUGCUCAAGCUCCUCCGCGACUUUCAGGAGAACGACAUGGAGCACUUGGUCUAUGAGCACUGCGGCGCCGGCUCGGUCUUUGACGUCCUGUGCACGUCUGCGACGAAGCGCUUUAGCCCCGCACGGACCAUGGGCUUGUUUAGCCAAAUCGUCGACGGCGUCGCGUUCAUGCACAAGCGCGGGUUCGCGCACUGCGACCUCUCGCUCGAGACAGUGCUCGUGACGGACAAUGGCACGUGCAAGCUCGGGUUCUUUGGCCUGGCUGCCGACGUCGGCAAGCUCUUAACACAAGCAGUCGGCAAAUACAUUUACAUGGCGCCCGAAAUGUACAAGGAAGCGACGCUGUUCGAGCCGUCGUCGACCGACGUCUGGGCGCUCGGUAUCAUGCUCUUUAUCAUGCUCACGGGCGUCGCGCCGUUCCGCCAAGCGCGGCGUCUCGACGAUCGGUACGAGUGCCUCCUGACGUCAGGCGUCAACGGCCUCGCGUCGCUGCUCCGCGUCGACCAUUUGAUCUCGACACAAGCCAUGGACUUGCUCUCGAUGCUCCUCGUGCCGUCGCCUUUGGAGCGGGCGUCGAUCGUCGACGUGGCCAACCACCCGUACGUGGUCGGGGACCGGCAGCCGAGUAGCAAGCAGCGCAGCUUCUUCCAGAAGGUGCUCACGCCACUUCGGCUACCCACGCGCCGGCAAAGCGUCGAAUGUGGCGACCGGCAGCGCGCGUUCACGAUCCCCCACCGCCUCUAAGCCCUCUGUAACAUUGUACUAUUUAUCACUAAUACUGGAUGCCCAUCUUCGC